UUGUAUGCCAAAGUCUCAGCUGAUAUUAGUGCUCUUGAUUGGGUGUGUCAAGGAGCUAUAUUUGAUGAACUUUUCUCUGUUCAAUCAGCAACUUUUGGAAUUCUCUUUCGCUAUUCUGCCAUGAAGGACAGAGUUAUCUGCAUUGCUUCAUCCUCUGGUUUUUUCUCAACUGCUGGUGCUUGGAAUGCAGUUAGGAACAAAGGCACCAAAGUUGUGUGGCACAGGCUUGUCCGGCUUUCAACUAACAUGCCCAGAUUUUGUUCUUUUUCCUGGCUCGAUUCUUGAUAGGCAGCCUACACUAGAAAGAAUUGGUUGGUGGUCUGCACCUGGUGUGUCUCUGUUGUGUUUACUUUGUUAGAAGUGUAAUGAUGCUCGAUCUCAUUUGUUCUUUGAAUGUCGCUUUUCUGCUCAAGUAUGGUGCAAAGUCCAAGCAGAAUUUACUUUUCUUCUGCAAGUAGGGAAGGCCAUGGGGGCUGCAGAAAGCUUUGGUGAAGUUCCUUUCGAAUGCUUGCAUUUAUUUCGUUUGAAAGGCAAGGACUGCUUUGCUGCAUGAUGCUGCAUCCGUGGAGGAGACCCUUCGUUUGAUUAGAUUUGCUGUAAAACAUCGUUUUGAGGGCUGUGUCAGCAUGAAGAGAAAGGUUACGCAAGAUUUCCAUAAGCUGUCUGUGUUCUAUUUGGAAUAUUUGUCCAUGAAUGUCCAAGACUUGCCUCUGUAUGAAGUACCCGUUAUUCUCGACCCAAAAAAAGAGGUACCCCUUAUUCAAGUCUUCAAUUUAAGUAGCAGCACACCGCGGACUUAGACCGUCUUGUUCGAUUGCUGUGUUGGGCUUGUUAUGGCAGGAGAUUCCGCCCACUUCUGUUUUUGUCGAAGGAAAAUUGUAUUUAUUGCUCAAAAGGAUGCAUAAGAUGUAUAUAGACUUGCAUGCCAAAGCAAAUGAAGCAAAGCAAAGUCAGAAUACAACAAAACAAAGCAAAAUCUAGAAAACAAGAAGAAUCAACAGAGCACGGGCAAGGUUAGGCUCGCAUUCGUUCCAUAAAAACGGAACUGUCAAGCAAAAUAAUCAGUGGCUGAUCACUGGAUCUCAUAUCAGUGUUGCCAAGAGUCAGAAUAAGAGCUACAGAAACAGACUGACACGCACGCGCACACGUAAUUGAACCUAUCAUACCUCAUCGCUUCCAUUUGUAUUUUAUAGCUAAUGGCUUCAUUCAUCAUAUCGGUGUUCACUUUCUGUUUGUCUUUGCACGCAAUGCAUUUCUUGGGCAUCAUAUCUUUGCAUAAUUUAAUGGUGACCCCUGAAUCUGAUCAUCAUCUUUGUCCCACUUAUCUUUAUAUGCUUCAUGUUGCGGUCUGAAGUGGAACCCCACUACUAUUUGAAACCUCAGUCACUGAUACUUCUAAAGCACGAGACAUUCGUCUUCGGUCAGACUGUGCCAUGGAAGCAGUUGAGGACAUAGUCAUUGUCGGAGCAGGGAUAGCAGGACUUGCCACAGCUUUAGGACUUCAUAGGCUGGGCAUAAGAAACUUGGUUUUGGAGUCCCAUGACCAUUUGAGGACCACAGGGUUUGCUUUAGGAAUAUGGACAAAUGGUUGGAAAGCCUUGGACGCAGUCGGGGUUGGCGAAUCGCUCCGUCGGCAGCACAACCGACUUCUCAGGGUGAUGACAUCUUCCACAAUUUCUGGACUUUGCACAGCAGAGAUACCGUUAAGUGCCAUGGGGCCGCAGAGAGACCAUGAAUUUCGUUGCGUGCAGAGGAAGAUCUUGUUGGAGACUCUUGAGAAAGAACUUCCAAGUGGCACUAUUAAAUUUUCUUCCAAGGUGGUUUCAAUCGAGGAAUCAGGUUACCUCAAGCUUAUUCAUCUUUCUGAUGGUUCUAUUCUCAAGGCGAAGUUGUUGAUUGGGUGUGAUGGAGUGAACUCCGCAGUGGCCAAAUGGCUAGGCUUCAAGAAGCCUGCUUUUGUUGCCCGAUUCGGCAUCAGGGCCUGUGUAUAUUAUGAAAAUGGUCAUGGUCUCGAGCCCAAAAUUUUCCUGUUCAUGGGUGAAGGAGUUAGAUACGGUGUCAUUCCUUGCGACGAUAAGACAAUAUACUGGUUCUUCAGUUUUUCUCCUUCCAACCAGGAUGAAGAGAUUAUAGAUAAUCCGUCUAAGAUGAAGCAAUUUGUGCUGAGCAAGCUCGGAAAAGUUGCCGACAACAUAAAAGCUGUUAUAGAUGACACGGAAUUGGAUGACAUGAUGUUAUCUCCACUGAGAUUUAGACACCCGUGGGAGAUUUUAUGGGGAAGCAUAAGCAAAAGCAACGUUUGUGUAGCUGGAGACGCAUUCCACCCCAUGACACCAGAUAUUGCCCAAGGAGGCUGUGCGGCCCUAGAAGAUGGCGUCAUCUUAGCAAGAUGCCUGGGUGAAGCAAUGAGAGAAAGGCAAGUGAUUAAAUGUGAAGGAAAGGGUAUGGAAGAGGAGGAUGAGUACAAGAGGAUGGAGAUGGGUUUGCGGAAUUAUGCCAAAGAGCGGAGAUGGAGAGCAUUUCAGCUCAUAACUACAGCUUAUAUGGUGGGAUACAUGGCACAAAGCAAUGGCAAGAUAUGGAACUUCUUGAGUAAUAUAGUACUAGCCAGGUUCUUGGCCGGGCAGCUGCCGAGAAUAGCGCGCUACAAUUGCGGGAAGCUGAGAAUUUCUUGAACUCAGAACUUGGUCCCAUAUGUUGCUAUUUGCCUUUUCAGGUUACAUAGCGAGUGUUUUCUCAAUUUCUCGUUUCUCUUCUUCCCAUGUAGAGUAAAAUAAGGGAAUGUUUGUGUUUGUGCUAGUAAAGUAAGGAUGAUGAGUGCGUGAGCUACAAUGAUGUCAUUUUGACUGCCAGAAUAUGUUGCCCUCUUAUGGCAUCAAUUUCAGAUAUGUAAGUGAUCGGACUUUGGAGAUAUAAGUUGAAUUGCUGGACUUCUUUGGUUGCCUUGUCAG